CGCGAGGCGAAAUGAACGAGGGAGGGUUCCUCGACAUCGAUCCCAAGGAGCUCAAGUUCGUUUUUGAGUUGAAGAAGCAGAGCUCAUCUUCCCUGCAACUAAUUAACAAAACAGAUCAGUAUGUCGCGUUUAAGGUCAAAACAACCAACCCAAAGAAAUAUUGUGUUCGCCCCAACACAGGGAUCGUCUUACCGAGUGCCACCUGUGAUGUCACUGUCACAAUGCAAGCACAAAAGGAAGCCCCACCUGACAUGCAAUGCAAAGACAAGUUCCUACUUCAGAGUGUUAUCGUGGAGCAUGGUGCAAUGACCAAAGAUAUAACCUCUGAAAUGUUCAAUAAAGAAUCUGGAAAGGUUGUUGAUGAGUUCAAGUUGCGGGUUGUUUAUGUUCCUUUUAGUCCACCCUCCCCUGUACCGGAGGAAGCGGAGGAAGGAUCCUCUCCAAGGUCAUCAAUAUUUGAAAAUGGGGCUCAAAGUUUACAAACACAUGAUUCUGUAACUAGAUCACAUGAACUACAAAAGGAGAAGUCACCAGAGACAUUGGCUAUGAUCUCAAAGUUGACUGAAGAGAAAAAUACUGCCAUUCAGUUUAACCAGAAGCUCAGACAGGAACUGGAUCUACUAAGGAAAGAAAGCAGCAUGCACCAAGGUGGCUUCAGCAUUACAUUUGUGGUGCUGGUGGGAUUACUUGGUGCUCUUAUUGGCUACAUAAUCAAGAAGUCAUAAGACACUUCUUCGACUUUCACCAACUGAACGGUAUAUUUUCUUUUUUCUUUUUUGUUCUUCUGAUCAGACCAUGGACUACUAUCUCAGUCAUAAAUUACCUAGUAACCUUAUGUUGUAGUCAUUUAUUUGGAUUUAUGUUUCUCAUUGUCUUCCAGACUGAAAAUGUCUCUAAUGGGAGGUAAAGACCUCAAAAUAUAUAGUUUCUGGGACUUGUUUAGGUUUAUUUUA